AUGAUGGGCCGAAGAAAUGUUAGAUUUCCCCAUCGCUCGAAUGGCGACCAAGCCUUGCGAUCAAGCUUCUCAGAAGUAAGCGAUGGCGAGAAUCCAGUCAACAAAACCGAUGGCAAUCCACAGGAGGUUUCGGACGCUCCGGCUCUCUCGGACUACGAGAAGAAGAAACAGACCUUCAUCACUCGAACGAUAUGGACCUUUGUCAUGAUUGCCGGUUUCUUUAGUGCGAUGUUCUCCGGUCAUAUAUACCUCAUUGCCAUCGUUACCGCCGUUCAAAUUGUGUCCUUUAAGGAGGUUAUUGCGAUUGCCAAUGUCCCCAGCAAAGACAGGAACCUGCGGUUCACGAAAUCGUUGAACUGGUACUUUUUGGCUACAACCAUGUACUUUCUUUACGGGGAGAGCGUCAUCUACUAUUUCAAACACAUUUUGUUGGUGGAUCGGAUACUGCUGCCAUUCGCAACACACCAUCGUUUCCUAAGUUUUAUGCUUUACGUUUUCGGGUUCGUCUUCUUCGUGGCCACGCUCCAAAAAGGCCACUAUCGUUUCCAAUUCACUCAAUUUGCUUGGACUCACAUGGCGCUGUACUUGAUCGUCGUGCAAGCUCAUUUCAUCAUGAACAACAUCUUCGAGGGCAUGAUCUGGUUCUUCCUGCCCGCAUCCCUCGUCAUAACGAACGAUAUUUUUGCAUACGUUUGCGGUAUUACAUUCGGUCGCACGCAGCUCAUCAAGCUAUCUCCAAAGAAGACCGUUGAGGGUUUCAUUGGAGCAUGGAUCUGCACUAUCAUCUUUGGCUAUUUCAUGACCAAUAUCCUGAUGCAGUAUAAAUACUUUAUUUGCCCUGUAACCGACCUAGGUUCCAACGUUGUGACUGGCUUGGAGUGCACGGUCAACCCAGUCUUCAUCCCGAACACAUAUCAGCUUCCAAACUGGCCUCUUCUUCCCAAAACUAUUCACGUCGCGCCGAUGCAAUUCCACAUUCUUGUUUUUGCGUCAUUUGCAUCUCUGAUUGCACCUUUUGGCGGCUUUUUCGCCUCGGGCUUGAAGCGCACGUUCAAGAUCAAGGACUUUGGCGAGUCAAUCCCAGGACAUGGCGGUAUCACUGACCGUAUGGAUUGUCAAUUCAUCAUGGGAUUCUUUGCUUUCAUGUACUACCAAAGCUUCAUUGCUCUCCACACAGCUAGUGUUGGUGAUGUCAUUGAAACUGCAAUCAAUGGCUUGACGGUCGAUGAGCAGCUUGAGGUUGUCCGAGGACUUAGUAAAUAUCUGUACAACCAAGGCGUUGUCACAGAUACGGCUCUUGAAUGUCUAACCGGCGAGCUUUUCAGACGAUAG